AUGAAUGUGUUGUGGGUCAUACUGCUUCUUCUUCAUCGAGGAUACACACUUACUCCAGUAACUACAGUUCAACUCGGUGAACCUGCAACUUUACUAUGUGACCUGCCUAAGACCGUGUACCGCCGUAGAGUCGACUGGUACAAGCAGAGUCCUGGAGACUCUCUGCAAAGGAUUUGGACAGUGAAGGACUCUGCAGCAGCUGUCUUUGCACCUGAGUUUGAAAACUCAAAAUGGGAUGUUAAGUAUGACAAGAAUCUGAGCAAACUGACCAUUUUGAGGACAAGACAAGAGGACGAGGGAAUGUAUCACUGUGGAUUCACAGCGUGGCUCCAAGAUACCAAAUGGACUGCGACAUAUUUGUUAGUAAAAGGAAACACCCAGAGAACAUCGAACUAUUCUGUUGUUCAAGAGAAGAUAGCAACUCCAGGAGGCUCAGUCACUCUUCAUUGUUCACUCCUCUCUAAUUUUGAUAACAAGACGUGUUCUGGAGGUCUCAGUAUGUUCUGGUUUAGAGAAGGAUCAAAUCCAUCUCAUCCUAGCAUCAUCUACACUGAUGGAAACAGACAUCAUAAAUGUGGGAAUAGCUCUGCGACUCAGCAGAGUUGUGUUUAUCAGUUCAAUAAAAGUAUUAGCUCCUCAGACGAAGGGACUUACUAUUGUGCUGUGGCCACAUGUGGGAAGAUAUUGUUUGGAAAAGGAACUAAACUUCAAGUUCCAGAAUGCAGCGUGUGGUCACAGACGGCCACUACAGUUAUUUUUCUGCUGUGUCCUGUACUGGUUCUGAUUGUUAUUGCUGUCCUCGCUUACACAAUCAAGAAAACCAACAGUGAUUAUUGCAAAGUUGUGUUUACGAUGAUGAAGGCUGACAAAUAUAAAAGACAGGAUGCAGUGAAGCGGCAGCAGAUCUACAUGGUUGUCAAGGCUUUUGGACUGGAUUAG